CGGGGCCGGGGCCGGGGCGCCGCGGAGGGGCCGCGCGGCCCUGCGCUCCCCGCUGCGCGGGCGCGGCCUGGUGCGGCCUGCCCGGCUUUGCCGAGCGGGAGGCCGCGGGGGGCUGCGGGGGGGUUUGCAGCCGGGGUGCAGGGGCCCGGCGGAGCAGCGAUGUGACCCUCAGGGAGCCGCGAUGGCCGUGCCACUCGCAGGAAGGGCCUGGGACCACCCCGCAGCCCCCGCGCCGCACGAGGAGGAGCAGGAGGAGAUGGUCCCCCCCGCGCCACGCGCCACUCGCUGCAGAUGAGACCCCUCGCCCAGGUGCUCGCGCUCCGCCGGCCGCCGCUCCGCACUGAGGUCGGCAGAGAGACAUGAGCAGCAGCACGGGCCAGCGCGCUGCCGUCUUCGUGGUCCUCUUUGCCCUCAUCAUGUUGCUGAUCAUCUACAGCUCCAGCAGCGGGAACGAGGUCUUCCGCUACGGCGCGCUGCGGGGCAAAGCCCGCCGCCCCCCCAACCUCAAGAAAUGGGGGGUGAGAAGCGGGUACCUGCCCGUCUGCGGCAACAAGACCCUGACUUCCCACUGCCACCAGUGCGUCAUUGUCACCAGCUCCAGCCACCUCCUGGGCACCCGCCUGGGCUCGGAGAUCGACCAGGCCGAGUGCACCAUCCGCAUGAACGACGCCCCCACCACCGGCUACGAGGCGGACGUGGGCAACAAGACCAGCUUCCGCGUGGUGGCUCACUCCAGCGUCUACCGGGUGCUGAAGAGGCCGCAGGAGUUCGUCAACAAGACCCCGGAGACCAUCUUCAUCUUCUGGGGGCCGCCCGCCAAGAUGCAGAAGAGCCUGCUGAAGAUCAUCCAGCGCGUGGGCAUGUCCUUCCCCAACAUGAUGGCCUACGUCGUCUCCCCGGGGCGCAUGAAGCAGUUCGAUGACUUGUUCCGGGGAGAGACGGGGAAGGACAGGGAGAAGUCGCGCUCGUGGCUCAGCACCGGCUGGUUCACCAUGGUGAUCGCGGUGGAGCUGUGCGACAACGUCCACGUUUACGGCAUGGUGCCGCCCGACUACUGCAGCGGGCGGCCCCAGCCGCGGCGCGCCGCCUACCACUACUACGAGCCCAAGGGCCCCGACGAGUGCACCACCUACAUCCACAACGAGCGGAGCCGCAAGGGCAACCACCACCGCUUCCUCACGGAGAAGCGGGUCUUCGCCAGCUGGGCUGGGCUCUACAACAUCACCUUCUCGCACCCGGCCUGGCCCUAGGGCCACGGGAGCCCCCGCGGACCCCCGGCCGCCCUGGCCGCUGCCUCCUGGAUUUUUAACCGUUUUGGGGUUUUUUUUUUUGGCUGCUCGGGUGGCCUCGGGGCGUCCCCGGCGAGACCCCACCUCGCAGCCCCC